AUGCUUAUGGGGCUAGCCACCAAGCUGGCAGCAGCGUGCGGCAUGGCGCCUGCGGGGCCUGGCCCGUCGCCGAGCGCUCCGCUGAUGCCUCAGCAUGAGCACGGCAGCUACCCACCGUCCGGCGGCGCGGACCUUUACGCGAAUGGGUCGUCCCACGCGGUCUUGCAGCAGCAGCAGCAACGUGGUUACACGCCAUAUCCACCUCAGCAGCAGCAGCAGCAGCCCAGGUACCCAGCUGUGCCGGGGCAACAGGGGGCGGGGCAGCAGGCGCCAUAUGCUGCCUACGCCGCCAUGCCCGCGCCCUUCGCGCGCCCGGGCGGUGCGCAGGCCGCCCAGGGCAUCCUGGCGCGCCUGCAGCGGAUUGUGCAG